CGUGCUCCUUUUUGACAUCACAUCCUCGCUUUUCGUCCCUGUGGCAACAACAUCCAAACGCAGCGUGACGUCACAGCCGUGCGCUCCAUUGUCCACAUCAUGGCAUGAAGUAUCGGGGAGCCCCGAGCCUUUAGUCUAAAUGGACCGCAGCUUAAAGAGGCGGCAGGUGAAGCCGCUCGCUGCUUCGCUCUUAGAUGCCUUGGACUAUGACAGCUCAGACGACAGCGACUUUGAAGUGGGAGAUGCUUCAGGGUCGGACGGCACCGGCAAUGGCAGCGAUGAAGAGGGCUCCAAAGUGAGCGCCGAGGGUUCAGACAGUGACUCUGACAAUGCGGCGUGUGCAGAUAAUGGGAUGGAUGAGGAGGCGAAGAGCCUCCCUGCUGAGGAUCCCUCAAAUGAGGACGAGGAGAAGAGCAAAGAGCAGCUGCCCUCCGACAGUCGAGACUCCCCCUCUGGCGCCCCCAGCAAAGGUAAACGAAAGACCAAGAAGACCUCUGAGCUGGAGCCUCCUGUCGAACCUGUCGCUGCUUCCCCACCAUCUGGAGGCGGAGCUAAUGCGAGCACAGACGAGUCUCUGGUCGAGCCCAAGAAGUGGAAUUUCCGCCGGAACCGGCCCCUGUUGGACUUCACCACCAUGGAGGAGCUGAACGAGAUGGACGACUACGACAGUGAGGACGAUAACGACUGGAGGCCCACUGCGGAGAAGAGGAGGAGCAAAGCAGCUGCUCAGAAGGGGGGCGCGGAGGAGGAGGAAGGAGGGAGUGGCACCGACGACGACGAUGAUGACAAUGAUGACGAUGAUGAUGAUGACGACGACGACGACGAAGACGAUGAUGACAAAGAAGAUGGCGACGACAACAACAACAGCAGCAGCGACAGCGACAAAGACGCGAAGAAACCCAAGAAGAAACCGAAGAGCAGCAGCACGUUUGAUGAAGAGCUGACCAACGACAGCAUGUCCCAAGGGAAGGGCAACGAGGAUGCUUUGCUGGACCGCUCUCAGACGUGGAACACGCAGCACAUCCUCAUCUGCUGCGUUUGCCUGGGAGACAACAGUGAGGACGCAGACGAGAUCAUCCAGUGUGACAACUGUGGAGUGACCGUGCAUGAAGGCUGCUACGGCGUGGACGGAGAAAGCGACUCUAUUAUGAGCUCAGCCUCUGAGAACUCCACUGAGCCGUGGUUCUGCGACGCCUGCAAGAACGGAGUGACCCCCAGCUGUGAGCUGUGCCCUAACCAGGACGGCAUCUUUAAGGAGACCGACGCCGGCAGGUGGGUCCAUGUGGUCUGUGCGCUCUAUGUGCCCGGAGUGGCCUUUGGAGACAUCGAUAAGCUGCGACCGGUGACCCUCACAGAGAUGAAUUAUUCCAAAUAUGGAGCAAAGGAGUGCAGUUUCUGUGAGGACGCCCGCUUCGCCAGGACGGGCGUGUGCAUCAGCUGUGACGCCGGCAUGUGCCGAUCCUAUUUUCACGUCACCUGCGCACAGAGGGAGGGGCUCCUUUCUGAGGCUGCAGCAGAAGAGGACAUCGCUGAUCCCUUCUUCGCGUACUGCAAGCAGCAUGCCGACCGCUUUGACAGGAAGUGGAAGAGGAAGAACUACCUGGCCCUGCAGUCCUACUGUAAGGUCUCUCUGCAGGAGAGAGAAAAGCAGCUGACUCCAGAGGCUCAGGCCCGGAUCACCACCCGCUUGCAGCAGUACCGGGCCAAAGCAGAGCUGUCCAGGAACACGCGGCCGCAGGCCUGGGUGCCCCGCGAGAAGCUGCCCCGCCCCCUAACCUCCAGUGCCUCUGCCAUCAGGAAGCUUAUGAGGAAGGCUGAACUGAUGGGCAUCAGCACAGACAUUUUCCCCGUGGACACGUCCGACGCCAACGCCAGCCUGGACGGACGCAGGAAGCACAAGCAGCCGGCGCUGACGGCGGACUUUGUCAACUAUUACCUGGAGCGAAACAUGCGGAUGAUUCAGAUUCAGGACAACAUCUCGGAGCAAAAGAGCCUUAAGGACAAGCUUGAGAGUGAGCAGGAGAAGCUCCAUGUGGAGUAUAACAAGCUGUGUGAGUACCUGGAGGAGCUGCUGAACAUGAAUGGAGAGCUGCGCAGCGAAGGCCAGGACAUGUGGACUCUGCUGGGGGGCAUCCUGGGUCAGAAAUUAAACACUCCGGCCAUCCUGAAAGCACCGAAAGAGAGGAAGCCCAGCAAGAAGGAGGGGGGCAGCCCCGGGAAGUCCUCCAGUCUGCCAGCCAUCCUUUACAGCUGUGGCAUCUGUAAGAAGAACCAGGACCAACACCUUCUGGUGCUGUGCGACACCUGCAAGCUCUACUACCACCUUGGCUGCCUGGAGCCCCCCCUCACACGGAUGCCCAAAAAGACCAAGAACAGCUACUGGCAGUGCUCGGAGUGCGACCAGGCCAGCAGCGAUGAAGCUGACAUCGCUAUGGAAACGCUGCCUGACGGCACAAAGAGGUCCAGAAGGCAGAUCAAAGGACCAAUCAAAUUCAUCCCACAAGAGAUGUCUCCAGAACCCAAGAAGCAGCAGCUGAGGGGCACGAGAACCAGAGGGCAGAAGAGAAAGAGAGUUCUCAUUUCUGAAGAAAGGGAGGACAAACCGGAGGAACCUCUUCCACGGGAGCGCAGGCAGCGGCAGUCUGCAGUGCAAAAGAAACCCAAAGCGGAUGACACGAGGACUGAGUGUGCGACCUGCAAAGGACCAGGCGACAACGAAAACCUAGUGAGGUUGUGAGAGCCGGGGCAGCCACCUCACCCCCCACUCCCCCCAUAAAAUGUCGGGACCGAUGACCGUUGGCUUAGAGACACAGAGAGGCAGAUUGAGGCGUUUGAAGAAUGAAGUCAGGCCGGCGGAAACCUGCGCUCCAGAACCGCCUGAUCCGAACCAGACCGGGAGCCGUCCAGCGAAAUCGAGCACAAGCGUCUGACCCCGAAACACGAAGCUGUGAAUGUCUGACCGAAGCAAAUGUUGUACAUACUCACAGGAAGUGGCAAAGACUGAAAGCCAAUCGAAUCGUCAGACUUUCUGUUCUGCCUCCUGACAGCAGAUUGACUUGAAAGGACUCGUGGAGUUUGUUUUUUUCUGCCUUCGUUGUUAUCAAAGAUGCAGCAGCAGAAGCUCAUUCCUCCUUCAGGUCUGGAUCCUAGCAGCUUCUUGAAUGUGGUUAAGCCUGUGGUUGGACUGCCUUCCUUCCUUGGACUGUUCAAGUGCUUUGUAACUGGUCCUGGUUCGGUCCUCUCUCUGCCUCUGGAUGUAUAUUCUUCCACUGUUUUCUUCUUUUCUGCCUGCAUGACUCCUAAUCAGUCCCAGUCGGUGUCAUUGAUCGAAGUCAUGCUGUGCAGUCCGUGUAAGUUUGAUGUGGAAACACUUGACGCCCUGCUUUCACGGACCACAGUGUUGUCCUUUUGUUAGUGUGUAGCUGGCUCCAGUGUGAGCAGUUGUUGUAUUUCUGCUGCAUCAUAAGCUGUGGCGGCGGCAAACCUGGUUAGUUAGCAGUAGCAACUCUUAAAAAAAAAAAAAAAAUGUUCAUUAAAAUAAACAAUACUUCAUCUUUUAAUGUAGAAGAAGAACUAACAUGCUUCAAACUCAAGCCCGGUGUUGUCUGGCGGUCCUAGUGGACCACUUUUUUUUGUCAAAGCAGCAGCUGCUGCCGUUCUGUCAGCAGGUGACAAGUGUCACGCUGUGCUCUCAUAUGUCACCCCGUCACAGUCCUGCAAGCACGCUGCCGGGACGCUCCGAUGCUCUCUGCCUCCUCUGAGGCUGAUGCAGCAACUCUGAGCGCGUCUGCAGAGACCGGCUGUCAGGGCAGGACACAGAUCCACAGCCGGAUCUGUCAGAACAAGAUGAAGGUCCAAAACUGGAUCUGCAAGAAAAAGAAAACAGGUUAGAAACCUGAUCUGUUAGAAUAGGACAUAGGUCAGGAUCCUGAUCUGUCAGUACAGGAUGGAAGUUCAAAUUCUGAUCUGUCAAAACAGAACAGAAAUCCAGAACCUAGUCUAUAAGAACAGGACACAAGUCUAGAACCUGAUCUGUCAGUACAGGUCAAACGUCCAGAUUCUGAUCUGUCAGUACAAGAUGAAGGUCCAAAACCUGAUCUGCAAGUAAACAGAAAAACACGUUUGAAAACUGAUCUGUCAGUACAGGACAGAAGUCUAGAACCUGAUCUGUAAAUUCAGAACCGAUCUCUCGAUCCUGAACUGUCAGUACAGGACAAAGGACUAGACCUGAUCUACCUGUAUGGACGAAGUUCUGGAACCUGAUCAGUUCGGGUCCAUCAGCUCCUUUCUGCAUGGGUUUAGCCAUUUUCUGUGUAGUGAUCAGUAGUGUAGAAAGUAGUUAUGUGGUCUUCUAGAAAUGUAGAACCGGGAAGUGUGAGGAGGUGUACAGUAUUUAUUGAAACAGUCAAACGAUGUUUGGUUUUUUGUUUUUUUUAUUCGCUGCCUGUAGCUAGCAUUGUGUGUUAAAAUGCUGUGAUCCAUCCACGAGAAGCUGCCAUUGUUUCUGUCUUUGCCAAACGCGACUUUCAGAUUGUGUUUCUGAUGCCUGUGUUCUUAUCCUGAAGUCCACCAACGUGCUGUAUGUGAAGUGUCUCAGCUUGUGGCCUCCAGCUCUUGAAAAUGAAGCAGAGCUUUAAUAAACUCUUGAUUUUUUCACCUGA